AUGUUUAAUGAAAACUAUCCGUUUAUAACUAUAUUUUUUCACAAGAUGCAAGACAUAUAUCGAUGAACUGUUUUCGCUCAAAGUUUAGGAGACCAUUCACAUGUCCUUGACUCGGAUAUUGAGGUUGUCGGAGAGGCUAUACAAGUAUUAUCUAUUUAGAAUCUUGAAAGGCAAGUAGAAAGCUUAAGAAACAAAGUCUCAGCACUUGAGAGUAGUAGAAGUACUACUGAGCUCGAUAUAGAAGCUCAAAACAUUCAUCUUCGUCUGUUCGCACAAAUUCUUUAUAAAAAGCGAAAAACACUCCUUCUUGAUGCAGUUGAAAUUUGUAUCAAGCGAAUGAAACGGCUACGAUAUGAGGUGGACUCAGUCAAAGUCGAGCAGAUUAAAAGUGUGUCAAAAGAAAUCCUAGAACAAAUCAUGAAAGAGCAUCAAGUGCCUAAAAGUUUUCAGAUUGGAAUCAGUUUUUCAAAGCUCAAAAGAACUAUAAUCAAGACUCUGGAAGUGUUUGAGAAGGCAAGUCAUAGGGAGUUUAAUAGUAGGAUAAUAGGAAAAGAGAUUUCAGCACAUGCUUAA